AUGAGGCUAAAGAAGGAAAAGGAUGGAACAUUUGUCGUAAAAGAGAUAGUCUGGGAACACAAACACAGGCUACAGCUCACUCCGCAAAUGCUUGUCUUCUUGCACUCCCACAAAAACUUUGACAAAACAAUCUUGGAGUACGUCAAGUACCUGCAGUUCAAAGGCAUUGAACAUGCACAAAUCAUGAGCAUACUGGGCGGUGAUGACCCUGGUAGCUACUUCCUCGAAAUGAAUGCCAAAGACCUGAUUAACCUGAAAGCAAAGAAUUCAAGGAUGGAUGAUGUGGACGAUGUCCUAAAGACUGUCAACUUCUUUAGGGAGAUGAAAGCUAUAAACAGGGAAUUCUUCUGUGACAUGCAACUCGAUGAGUCCGACAGAGUUAAGAACAUAUUCUGGGCGAAUACAAGCUGCCGAGGGGCCUAUCAGGACUUCAGUGACUGUGUAACAUUUGACACCACAUAUAAGACCAACAAGUACCAUAUGCCACUUGGGGUGUUUGUCGGUACUAACAACCACUUACAGACUACAUUCUUUGGUUUCGCCCUGAUAAGAGAUGAGGAUGCAGAUUCAUUCAGAUGGUUGUUCAAGACAUUUUUAAGGUGCAUGAGAGGGAAGGCUCCUACAUGCAUCCUCACAGACCAGUGCCCGGCAAUGGCUUUGGCGAUCCCAGAUGCUUUCGGGAACACAGUACACAAGCUGUGCCGCUGGCACAUUAUGAAGAAGUACAGGGAACACCUCGCAUACCUGUACUACCUGCACGAAGACUUUAAGGAUGAAUUCACAUCAAUCCUCAACUGGCCCCUCAUGCCAACUGAGUUUGAGGAUGCCUGGAAAGGACUCAUGGAUAGGUACAACCUCCAUGAUGAUGCAACGAUGGUGGCCAUGUGGAACGAGCGUGAGAAAUGGAUAUCAGCCUACUUCAAAUAA